UAACAAAACUUUUGUUUAAAAUAGCCGGGGUUAUUGCAACGAGUGGUGAAAUUUGGGACUGUUCCACUCACUUCUCUCUGGUUCACUCAAAUGCCGAAACGUCACGACAGGUGAUGUUUGGUUAUGGUCAGGUCAUGGCCAGGUUACGGCCGCUGUGUUAAGGAAUCGGGAAUAUGAAUGGUUGGGCUGUUGUCAAGGUGUGAAAGGUUAUGUUAAGUGGAUGGAAUGAAAAUCACGCAUAUAAAUAUUGCAUUUUCAUCUGCAAUAUGGGGAAUCACCAUAAUCAUGUGAUCAAAUGUGAAUAUCAUUAACACUUGUCAUAUUAGUGCCCGUGAUAUAGUUGUGAUAGUUGUGAGACAUUGACACCUUCGAUGUAGUGAUAGGUACUGGGGCACAUGUUAAUCUUAUUUAGUGCCUAUACGAUAAAAGGCAAUAAUGGCAUCUGUUGACACACAACCUGCCUACCCAAGGCUUUCUCGUGCCUUGAGAGCUUUUUCAACUUUAGAGCCCCCCAGGAAAAAUAGUAAACUUAUUGAACAUACACUUGAACAACGCCGAAAAUGGGAUACCACUCACUUGAAAACAUCCAAUUCCUGGCCAGACAUUUGUAAACAUGCCAUGAAUGAAAUGGGUCCAAAAUCACCAGCAUUGAAAUUAAUGCAGCAGCUUCGUAAUUUGGCUGUGGAAAUUACAGGUGGAGAUCAGUCAAAGGAGACUGUAGAUGAAGCCGCUGUCUUCCUUUUGUCCCUAUUUUUAAGAGAGAGAAUUGUUUUACACAAGCACCAAUUACUAUUGAAACAAAUGUUUGGUAAUGUUUCUCUUAACAUGGCAAAUAAAAUUCAUCAUUGUGUAGAGCAAAUAUCAUUUGAACUCUCAGAGAGCUUAGUGGAAUACAUACGUGGAGGUGUACGAACUCGUGAAGUGCAAGGUUUUGUGUUUGGGGAAGAUAUCAAAGUGAAUCCUCCUCAACGGACGUUUGAAGCUCCUGACACUUUUUUUUUACGUGACCUGUUGAUACAUCAAACAGAAACUACUGAUGCAUUUAAGGGUUUCUCCAUGAAAUAUGAUGAAUCUGCUGUUUUAGCUGGAAGUGCAAUGAGAGAUAUUGCUUUUGAACCUGACAGAAAAUAUGGACCAAAAUGGUUAGAAGGAGAAUUACAAAAAGUUUCAUGCAGCUUACCUGCAGAUGUCAUGUGCCAGACCGUCUUAAAUUUACUGCGAUCAGGACGUUCCAACGAUGAUCUUCAAAAUGAACUUUUUGAUCUUCUUGGAUUUGACCAGUUUGAGCUAAUUCAGACAUUGUUUGAACAUCGAUCGCAUAUAACAGCUCCCGAUUUGGUUACUGAAGAAAAAAUGGCAAUCAGUGCUACUCGUUCAUUGUUGGAAAGCAAGAAACCUAACUAUUGCGUUCAAGUGACUGUGCAGUCUGACAGAGAGAAACAGAUGAUCAAACAGGCUUUGAAAGAAGAAAAGCGUAUUCAACGCAUAAUUGCAAAAGUGGAGAAUGUAAGUGAUGAUGAAGGAAGUUCUCCUACACUUGUGAAUAUGAAUGAACUGAAGGUUAAAAGGCAAGCUGCAGCAAAGGCCAUGUUGAAACCCAUAUUUUCACGCCCACGAAGUACCCAAAUCCAAGAAGUGUAUCCUCAUGUCUAUGAUUCUCAGAAUACUGCAAAGCAAGCAGCUGGUUUUAUUGCUGGUCAGAAAAUGAUGUUACCUGUUGGUGUUGAACGUACAGAUAACAAGAUGUAUGAAGAAGUUAAUAUACCAACAAGUGAACCUGCUCCUCUUAGUGUAGGCAACAAACUUGUGGAAAUAUCUUCUCUUGAUGAGGUUGGUCAGAAGGCAUUCCAAGGAAUGAAGACUUUAAAUCGUAUUCAGUCUGUGGUUUUUGACACAGCAUACUACAGUAAUGAGAAUAUGUUGAUAUGUGCACCUACGGGAGCUGGCAAAACAAAUGUCGCUAUGUUAACCAUUGUAAAUCAACUGAGGCAAAGUAUGGAGCAUGGAGUAAUUCAGAAGGAUUCUUUUAAGAUUGUAUACAUAGCACCAAUGAAGGCUCUUGCUGCUGAAAUGACUGCAAAUUUUGGAAAAAGACUAGGGCCUCUUGGGAUUUCAGUACGAGAAUUGACUGGUGACAUGCAGCUAACAAAGACAGAGAUAUUGCAAACACAGAUGUUGGUUACUACACCUGAGAAAUGGGAUGUGGUGACAAGGAAAGGAUCAGGUGCUUUUUUUUAUUAUAGUGAUGUUGCUCUUACAAAUUUGGUUAAAUUGCUUAUCAUUGAUGAAGUUCACCUUCUGCACGGUGAUCGUGGUCCAGUGGUAGAAGCAUUAGUGGCACGAACUCUUAGACAAGUGGAGACAACUCAAAGUAUGAUUCGCAUUGUUGGUUUAUCGGCUACACUUCCUAAUUAUUUGGAUGUGGCAAGAUUCCUCCGAGUGAAUCCUCAUGCAGGAUUGUUUUUCUUUGAUGGUCGGUUUCGACCUGUUCCUUUGUCCUCUUGUUUUAUUGGUAUCAAAGCUCUUAAUAACAUGGUUCAAAUGACGCAUAUGGAUCAAGUCUGCUAUGAGAAAGUCACUAAACUUUUAAAGGAUGGCCAUCAGGUAAUGGUGUUUGUUCAUACACGCAAUGCUACAGCACGCACUGCCAAUGUACUCAGAGAGAUGGCUACACAGAAAGGACAGUUAGGGCUUUUUGAAGUAGAAAGCUCUGCAUCUUUAGGAACUGCACGCAAGACAGUAAUGCGUGCUCAUAAUAAACAACUUUGUGAUCUUUUUCAAGCUGGACUGGCAAUACAUCAUGCAGGAAUGCUUCGAUCAGACAGAAAUCUUGUGGAGAAAUAUUUCAGUGAAGGACUAGUCAAAGUCCUAGUUUGUACUUCAACAUUGGCUUGGGGUGUCAAUUUACCAGCUCAUGGAGUCAUUAUUAGGGGAACUGAAAUUUACGAUGCCAAACACGGUACUUAUGUGGAUUUAAGUAUUCUUGAUGUUCUGCAAAUUUUUGGACGUGCUGGACGUCCUCAGUUUGAUAAAUCAGGCCAUGGUGUGAUAAUUACUUCUCAUGACAAACUGAGUCAUUAUUUGAGUCUUCUAACCAACCAGUAUCCCAUUGAGAGUAACUUCAUUACUUGCUUGGCUGAUAAUUUAAAUGCUGAGGUUGCUUUAGGUACUGUUACAAAUGUAGAAGAAGCUGUUGAAUGGUUGAGUUAUACCUACCUAUAUGUGCGAAUGCGAAUUAACCCUCAAGUAUAUGGCAUUAACUAUCAGGAUGUAGUGAAUGAUAACACAUUGCUGCGACGUCGACGUGAGCUGAUAGAGAUAGCCGCAAAGGCACUUGAUGAGGCUCGCAUGAUUCGAUUCAAUGCGAAAACUGGUGAUUUGAGCAUAACAGAUUUAGGACGCACUGCUUCACAUUUCUAUAUCAAGUACAACACUGUUCAGGUGUUCAACCAGUCAUUUACAGAUGUAAUGACAGAAGCAGAUGUCUUUGCCAUGGUGUCACAGGCUCAAGAAUUUGAACAGCUAAAAGUACGUGAUGAUGAACUGGAUGAAUUGGAUGCCCUCACUCACAUAAAUUGUGAAGUGAAGGUGGCAGGAGGCUCUGAGAAUGUCCAUGGGAAAGUAAAUAUCCUCCUGCAGACAUUUCUCUCACGUGGCAAUGUCAAUUCCUUCUCCCUUCUUUCUGAUCUUUCUUAUGUGCAACAAAAUUCUGUACGAAUAAUGAGAGCUUUAUUUGAAGUUGCAUUGCGUCGUAACAAUGCAGUUAUGUCUGGUCGCUUUCUUAUGUUGAGCAAAAUGUUAGAGAGGCGACAGUGGGAUUUUGAAUCUCCCUUAAGACAGUUUCAGUGUUUAGGUCAUGAUAUUAUUCAGCGAUUGGAAGACAGUAAAUUAAGUAUUCACAAGUUGCGUGACAUGGAUGCAAAGGAAAUAGGAAUAUUUCUGCGACAUCACAAAAUGGGUCUACAAGUGAAGAAGUGUGCUUAUGAAUUCCCCCUCUUGGAAAUGGAAGCAUCUUUACAACCAAUAACAAGAACUGUUCUUCGGAUCCGGUUAUCUAUCACUGCAAAUUUUACCUGGAAUGACCGUGUCCAUGGAAAAACCUCAGAGAACUUUUGGGUGUGGGUAGAGGAUCCAGACUCCAACUUUUUAUACCAUCAUGAAUAUUUUCUACUUACAAGAAAACAGGUAAUAAAACGUGAAGUGCAGGAACUUGUGAUGACCAUUCCGUUGACAGAACCAUUGCCUAGUCAGUAUUAUGUUCGUGCCACUAGUGAUAGAUGGCUGGGUCCAUGUACAUCAUAUCCACUAACCUUUCAGCAUCUCAUCUUACCUGAACACCAUCCACCUCACACAGAUCUUCUUCCUUUGGAACCUCUGCCUAUCACAGUUCUCAAAGACCCUGCAUUUGAAUCUCUGUACAAUUUCUCACACUUCAACCCUGUGCAGACCCAAAUUUUUCAUUGUCUGUAUCACACUGACAGCAAUGUUCUAUUGGGUGCACCUACUGGUUCAGGAAAAACAAUUGCUGCAGAAGUGGCCAUGUUCAGAGUUUUUAAGCAGUACCCUGGCAUGAAGGUGGUGUACAUCGCGCCGCUGAAGGCGCUGGUGCGCGAGCGCAUGAUGGACUGGCAGGAGCGCCUGGAGCGGCGGCUGGGGCGACGCGUGGUGGAGCUGACGGGCGACGUGACGCCCGACGCGCAGGCCAUCGCGCGUGCGGACGUGAUCGUGACGACGCCCGAGAAGUGGGACGGCGUGAGCCGGUCGUGGCAGACGCGCAGCUACGUGCGCGCCGUGGCGCUUGUCGUCAUCGACGAGAUCCACCUGCUGGGCGAGGACCGCGGUCCGGUGCUCGAGGUGAUCGUGUCGCGCACCAACUACAUCGCGGCGCACACGGAACGCCGCCUGCGCGUCGUCGGCCUCUCCACGGCGCUCGCCAACGCGCGCGAUCUCGCCAACUGGCUCGACAUCGGGGAGAUGGGACUUUACAACUUCCGGCCAUCUGUUCGUCCAGUGCCUCUUGAAGUGCACAUAGCAGGUUUCCCUGGGAAACACUAUUGCCCACGCAUGGCCACAAUGAAUAAGCCAGCAUUCCAGGCUAUUCGCCAGCAUUCCCCCUCCCAACCUGUGUUAAUUUUUGUAUCGUCCCGCCGUCAAACCCGUUUGACUGCUUUAGACCUUGUGGCACUAUUGGCAGCUGAAGACAAUCCUAAACAAUGGUUGCAUUUACCUGAACAGGAAAUGGAACAAGUGGUGACCAGUGUCAAAGAUUCCAACCUCAAACUUACUCUUGCAUUUGGGAUUGGACUUCAUCAUGCAGGCCUUCAAGAACGUGAUCGACGUACUGUUUUGAUAGCCACUGCUACUUUGGCAUGGGGUGUAAAUUUUCCUGCACAUUUAGUUGUGGUGAAAGGUACUGAGUAUUAUGAUGGGAAGUCACGUCGUUAUGUGGAUAUGCCCAUAACAGAUGUUCUGCAAAUGAUGGGUCGUGCAGGGCGUCCUCAGUUUGAUGAUCAGGGUGUGGCAGUUGUGCUGGUUCAUGACGCCAAAAAAAACUUCUACAAGAAAUUCCUUUAUGAGCCUUUCCCAGUUGAAUCUAGUCUCUUGGAAGUGUUCCCUGAUCAUUUAUGUGCAGAAAUUGUGGCUGGCACAAUUCGCUCGAAACAGGAUGUUCUUGAUUACUUGACAUGGACAUAUUUCUUUAGAAGAUUGCUGCAGAACCCAAGUUACUAUCAGUUACAGGAUGUGAAUUCUCAUAAUAUCAAUGCUUAUCUUUCUGGUUUAACCCAGCGAAGUUUGAACACACUUGCAGAAGCUUACUGCAUUGAUUUUGAAGAGGAUGAAAGAGGGGUGGUACCUACAAGCAUGGGGCGCAUUGCUUCAUACUACUACUUGUCCCAUCAAACUAUGAUUUUAUUUCGUGAACGGCUUGCAUCAGACAUUGGAAUUGAGGAACUGUUACAUGUCCUAGCGGAUGUACAUGAGUAUGAAGAAAUGCCUGUUCGUCAUAAUGAAGAUCUUCUUAAUGGUGAUCUAGCUAAAAGCUGCCCAUUGGCUGUCGAUUCAUUUACUCUGGACUCCCCUCAUACAAAGACUUUUCUUUUGUUGCAAGCACAUUUCUCUCGAUUAGAGUUACCUUGUGCGGACUAUCUUACUGAUACAAAAUCAGUUCUUGAUCAAGCUCUUCGAAUCUUGCAGGCCAUGUUAGAUGUGGUGGCAGAACGAGGAUGGUUGGCAACUGCUUUGCGAGUGAUUCAGGUGCUGCAGAUGGCAGUACAGGCACGCUGGGUGUGGCAUUCUGAUCUUCUAACAUUGCCUCAUUUAGAACCACAUCACUUGUAUAUCUUUGCCAGACAAGAUCGCAAACUCCAACAUUUGGCUGGUUUGCGGCAUGAAGUAUGUAGGAACUAUGAGAAGUUGGCCAACAUGCUUCGUUCUCAACUAGAGGAGGGGCAAAUUGAACAAUUAUUUCAGGUUUUGUGUGAUAUGCCUGUUUUGUCAGUCCAUCUAUCUCUUCAUACAGUAUGGGAUAGUGCAGAAAGUGAAGGUGAUGAAGGGGCACAAAUGGAAAACUGUAAAUUAAAACAUGGCACUUGGACACCUGUUGUUGGUGGUAGAGAGUAUGUGUUAACUGUCCAAAUGCACCGCUUAAACAGGCCAAAAGCAAGUGGUGGAGGUUCUGGGUGCAGAGCUCAUUGCCCAAAAUUUCCACGAGGCAAGGAUGAAGGCUGGUUCCUCGUACUUGGCAAUGUGGAAUGUUUUGAGUUGUUUGCGCUAAAGCGAGUGUUCAGUUUGCGAGGUGGAAAGAGCUCUCAAUCACUCACCUUUAAAAUGCCUACCAAACCAGGGCGGUUGAUUUUGACUUUGUAUGUUAUGUCUGAUGCCUAUUUGGGACUUGACCAGCAGUAUGAUUUGCAACUUGAAGUGAAUUCAUCUAAAUCUCAACUUGAAAUGUCAGAUGGAGCUUAUGCAUUUCCUGACAAAGGAGUAUCAUGAAGCCUGACACAGGGAGUUAUAAUUAAUGUACCUGGGUUCGGUUGGAAGUGCUCAAAUGUACACUCUUGCCUCGUAACAAGACAAAAUGCAGUUGUCUAAUAGGUGCAAAAUAUAUUAGUAUCCUCAGAUAUUGUUGCACAUUACCUGUCAACAUGGCACGACAGUGAAUUUCUAUCAAUUUUCUUGGAGUUCACUGCAAUUGUUGGUUAUGUGAGGGUUUUGAUGUCACUUAUGAAAAUAAUGUGUAUUUUUGUGAUAUGAAAAACGACUUAGGGACCUAUUAUUGUGAAUAAUAUUAUUGUUAUUUCUGUUUUCCCUGCAACACCUUUUCAGCUGUGAUUUAGGGAAAUAAUAAUUGUGAUAAUAUUCCAGUCUCUUGUUGUACAUUACAGUGAGAUAACAAAAAAUUCAAAACUACUAUUUAAUCAAUCAGCCAAUGUCUUUCUUUAAAACAUUGUGAAGAAUGACCCAAACGCAUUUCAUGUACAUUUAUGUGUAUACCCUAAAGAAUGAUGUUAAUAUAUUGUAAAUUGGUGGCAAGGUAGGGUGUUUUAAGCAAUGUUUACUCUGUAAAGUGAAAUGUAUUUUGCUAUACAGUAACUUAUUAAAUAUGUUUGGAUGCAUUGC